UGAAGUUAGUGAAAUUGUGACUUGAAGUUCUAUGAAGGAUUCUUACUGGAAUUAUUUAAUAAAAUCAAUAUAAUUAUUGCUGUUCGUUUGUCACAGCUAUAACCAAAGUACAAAAAUGCUAAAGGGUGUAAGUCUGGUAACCGGUGGAGCUUCAGGUCUAGGGAAGGCUACAGUGGAAAGAUUCGUGAAAAAUGGCGGCAAAGUUGUUAUUCUCGAUGUACAAGGCACAAGAGCGCAGCAAGUGGCUCAAGAACUUGGUGAAAACGUUGUUGUGGCUAAAGGCUGUGUAACAUCAGAAGCGGAUGUAAAGAACGCUUUAGGUAUUGCAAAAGAUAAGUUUGGACGGCUCGACAACCUCGUCAACUGUGCUGGGCAGUCUGCCACACACCAAGUGUAUAACUUCUACAAAGAGAAACCUUGUGAGAUGGACGACUUUGUCAGAUGUAUCAAUGUUAACACAGUUGGCACAUUUAACACAAUACGUUUAGCAGCUGGUUUAAUAGGCAAGAAUAAACCAGAUGAGAAUGGGCAAAGAGGGGUUAUAGUGAACACAGCAUCCACAAUUGCGUAUGAAGGGGACAUUGGACAAGCUGGGUAUGCUGCGUCAUCAGCAGCGAUUGUUGGUAUGACGUUGCCCAUAGCUAGAGAUCUGGCGUCCCAAGGAAUAAGAGUCGUUACUAUAGCUCCAGGUCUCUUCGACACACCUCUCCUGGAUUACUUACCAGAGAAGAUGAUCGAGUUCCUAAAACGUAUGACGCCAUUCCCUUCUCGACUGGGUAAGCCUGAGGAGUUUGCACAAUUAGUCACCAGCAUAGUGGAGAAUCCUAUGCUCAAUGGCGAGGUCAUACGAUUAGAUGGUGCACAAAGAUGGUUCCCACUGUAGAUUAGGUUAAAAAAUAAGACUUAAAUAAAUUUGUAGAUACUG